AUACCCGUGAAGUGCAAUCUAGGCGAGUAGAGCCUAUGAAUCAAUAGAAACAAAAACACAACAUGAGCAUUCCAACUGUGCUAGUGUUACCAUUUCCAUUUCAAGGACAUGUCAAUCCCAUGACAACCCUAUCACAAAAGUUGGUUGAGCAUGGAUGCAAAGUCGUUUUCGUGAACACAGACUUCAAUCACAAGCGAGUGUUGAGUUCCAUGGUGGAGCAACAAGAUCAUAGCCUUGAUGAAUCACUAAUGAAGUUGGUCUCAAUCUCAGACGGUUUAGGACCUGAUGAUGAUAGAAGCAAUAUAGGCAAGCUAUGUGAUGCUAUGAUAAGCACCAUGCCUUCUACACUUGAAAAGCUCAUAGAGGAUAUUCAUUUGAAAGGUGACAACAGAAUCAGCUUUAUUGUUGCAGAUUUAAAUAUGGGAUGGGCUUUGAAUGUUGGGUGUAAAUUGGGAAUCAAAGGAGCUCUAUUCUGGCCAGCCUCAGCAGCUGUGUUUGGCAUGUUGUACAAUGUUCCAAGGCUUAUUGAUGAUGGGAUCAUAAAUUCUGAUGGAUCCAUAUUAACUUCUAAUAAGACAAUUCGACUAUCACCAAAUAUGCCAGAGAUGGAGACAACAAACUUUUUUUGGCUUAACAUGGCUGACACAAUAAAUAGUACGCAUUUCCUGAAUUAUUUGGUGCAUCAUUGCACCCCAGCUUUAAAUUUGACAGAAUGGUGGCUUUGCAACACUGCAUAUGAACUUGAACCUUUGAUGUUAACCCUUGCUCCGAAACUCCUCCCAAUUGGCCCAUUGUUGAGAAGUUAUGACAACACAAAUCCAACUCUAAGAUCAUUGGGACAAUUUUGGGAAGAAGAUCUCUCUUGCAUGAGUUGGCUUGAUCAACAACCUCAUCGUUCUGUCACUUAUGUUGCAUUUGGUAGUCACACUUAUUUUGACCAAAACCAAUUCAAUGAACUAGCUCUAGGACUAGACCUAACCAAUAAGCCUUUUCUUUGGGUUGUGCGUCAAGACAAUAAGAUGGCAUACCCUAAUGAAUUCCAAGGGCAUAAAGGUAAGAUAGUUGGGUGGGCCCCUCAACAAAUGGUUUUAAGCCACCCUGCCAUAGCAUGCUUUAUUAGUCAUUGUGGUUGGAAUUCAAGCACAGAAUGUUUGUCUAAUGGGGUGCCCUUCUUGUGCUGGCCAUAUUUUGGUGACCAACCUUAUAACAGAAAAUACAUAUGUGAUGAGUUGAAUGUUGGGCUGGGAUUGAACUCGGAUGAAAAUGGGCUUGUGUCACGGGGGGAGAUUAAGAAGAUAUUGGACCAACUACUUAGUGAUGGGAGCAUAAGAUCAAGGUCUCUGAAGUUAAAGGAGAAGGUAACAAGCAGCACAACAGACUGUGGUCAAUCUUUAGAGAACUUCAACAAGUUUGUCAAGUGGCUGAAAGAAUAAAGGUUGACCUUUUGUGCGUGUAUUUUUUUGGAUCAACUACCUAUAAGUAUUGAACAAAUAGUGCAAUGAUUUCCAAAACUGAAGAUUGUCAAAGACUCGAGCAACUUGUCAACAAAGAUUAUUAGGUUUUUCAUUUAAUUUAGUUGAAUGUUGAAAAUAUCAAGAUUUUCUUUCUUUAUUUAC